CUCAGUCAUUUUCACUUUAAACAUGUUCCUCUUUUUAAUAUGUGACAGGUUGUCACCACUCUAUUCCAUUCUCUGUUUUUUGGCACAUAUCACAUGACUGCAGAGCAUAUCAUCUCAAGAAGAUAUUAUAGCUAAAGAUCUGAUAAGUGUAUGUUUUAAUUUAGAAUUACUGUUUUAUUAUUAUUAUUAUUUAACAUUCAAAUUGUCUUCUAAUUUGGACAAAAACAUUAUUUUAACUUUAGUUAGUGUGUCAUGUUGCUGCUUGAGCAUAAGCAACAUCUGAAAAGUUACGGCGCUCAAAGUUCAAUGCAAAGGGAGAUAUUUUCUUUUACAGAAUUCGCUUAUUAAGGCCUACAGAAAACGGCUGGAAGACUUAAACAGCUUUACACAGAGUUGGUCAUGAUGUUUCACAACUCAACCAUGUUUGAAAUGUUGAUGAAAUCUGAUGAAAUGAUAAAGUUGGAGAAGUGGUAUAAAGUCUUGAACAUUGGAGAAGAAAACAUUUACCGAGAUAAUUUUGAAGCGAAACAUAACCAGGAUAAACCAGGCAUUUCAGCUCAAUCACAGCAAUGGAGGAUUAUUAUAAUAGUUUGGACUAUCCAAUGAAGGUGAUUUCUCUGGUCUUCUACUACCUGACCUGGAUCCUUGGCAUUCCUGGAAAUUCAGUUGUUGUGUAUGUUGCUGGAUUUAAGAUGAAGAGGACCAUUAAUACAGUUGGGUUUCUCAGUCUAGCAAUUGCCGACCUCUUGUGUUGCCUUUUCGCUCUUUUCUACGUGACCAGGAGCACUUUUGAUUUUCAGUGGCCAUAUGGAUCCAUCAUGUGCAAGAUUCUCCCCAUUAUUAUGCUCAUCACCAGGUUUGCCAGUGUUUUCACUUUGACCUUGAUUAGUCUGGAUCGGUUUACUCAGGUGAUCACACCGGUUUGGGCUCAAAAUCAUCGCAGUCUGUUAAUUGCACGACUGUCCUGUGUAGUGGCCUGGGUUCUGGCUUCAAUUCUUAGUCUGCCUUUCAUGAUGUUAAGAGACACUUACACAAAAAAUGACACAACAUACUGCCCGUAUCAUCAACCUGAUGAAGACAGUUUUAAAAUGUAUGGGAGGUUAAGCAUUAUCAGAUUUGUGUUUGGCUUUUUGGUUCCUCUCAUAUGCAUCACAACAUGCUAUGGAUUCAUUGCACGCAAGUUAGGCAGAAGUCAUUUUCACUCUGGACGAGUGUUUCGCAUCAUGUUGGCUGUAAUUGUGGCCUUUUUUCUGUGCUGGUUGCCGUAUCACACAGUGUUCUUGAUAAAAACGUACAGAAAGAAAUCAAGUUCUUGGGCAGCUUUGCCAGUGAAUCCGUUGACCAUCUCUUUGGCGUAUUUCAACAGCUGUCUGAACCCCAUUCUGUAUGUUUUCAUGGGGCAGGAUUUUAAGAGCAAUGUUAAACUUUCUCUAAGACGUGUUUUUGAAAGAGUUUUCUCUGAGGAGGGAGCACAGAUGUCACAAACCACCCAGCCACAGCAAAUGCAGUCAGUGUAGUGAAGAGAUCAAAUUAUACAUUUAAAGUUUAGGUAUUUUUGCCAAACCUAUGCCGUUUCAAACAGGAUUUGUUCCACUUGCUUUUAAUAUUUUGUUAGCCAAUGCAAUUAAUUUGACUAAUUUGAUUAAUUUUUUUUUUGUAUUAUCCUCAGAGUAAUUUCUAGACCAAAUACUCAUGUGAAGUAUCUUGACAAAAAUAUUUAUUUUAAAAAACUGAAACUUAAGAUAUGCAAAACAUCUUUCAAUAGGAAGUGUGCACUCUGGUUUCUUCUUUGUCUGGAAGGUAUAAAAUGAAUUAAGCGCAUCUAAAAUGAUCUGUUCUAAAACGUCUGCAAUAAAACGUAGAUAUAUAUUUUUUAUGUUGCAGUGAGAUUCCUGAUUAACAAUGCUCAAUUUUUGUUUUUAUUUAUUCGGUUUUAAAUGCAAAGGUCUGUAUAUACAGUUACGAAUGUUAUACUAUUACUGUGUGUGUGUGUGUGUGUAGCGUAAAUCCAGAUUUUAAUAUUUUACCAUUUAUGACAAUUGUCGUCAAUCAUUGAUCAUUGUCUCUUUUUCUUUUCUUACACAGCCUUUCAAAUGUCUCUCAUAUCACUCUCUCUUCUUGCAUAAUGAAACCAUUUAAACCCAAAUCAUAUUUCAUGUCAUCUCAUUUGGUUAGUUUUUUUUUAGUUAGUUGCUUUGUAUUGGGGUCCUGGUCACCCUUUUGGUAUUUAUUUUGUGAACAUGACAGAUGACAUUUGGUUUCAGACCUUUGUAUUUCACCAAACUGUAAGUAAUUUGAGUCACUGUUUUUGACACUAGACUCAGACACAGACACACUAGACACAGUCACUGUUUAAGAUGUGUGUUUUGCUGACUAUUUUCCGGAAGAAAAACCUCAGUCAUUUCCACUUUAAUACAUGUAGCAGGGUGUGAUCACUCUAUUCCAUUCUCUAUUUUUAUGGCAUAAGCAACAUCUGUAAAGUUCAAUGCAAAGGGAGAUCUUUUCUUUAACAGAAUUCGCUUUUUAAGGCCAAAAGCAAACGGCUGGUAGGGGCUACAACAUGCUUGUUCCUGGGUUCAAAACGCAAACCACCAACAACUAUUUUGCAUAAAGAAUAAAAAAAAAAGUAAAAAUGAGACUUUGCAAAUGUAAUAACAUUGUAAAAACUGUUAUACAUAUACAUAUAAAGCAAUACUAUACAGGAAAUCUCAACUAACUGAUCAUUUAUGUCAUCACCAAAUGUAAACUAUCCUUGUCCAGCUCUCUAUACUAUAAAAUCAUUAUUAACAUGAAUAUUUAAAUUAAAUUACAUUACUAACAACCAAUAAUACUGUCAAGUAUACUACGCCAGUCCGCUCGCCUUGCCAUUUCACAUUACACAGACUGUUGCACCACACCCAGACUAUGUUCCCAUCAUCCACUGCGCUGAUCACAUGCAUCCAAUCAGACACUGUAUAUAAGCCUCGGACUUCCUUGUGAUAUUCGCCGAGUAAUUGUGAAUUGUGUUAACUUUCGCACGGAGCUUUUGUAAGUUAUCUAGUCAUUUGAGCCUUGUUUCUCUGCUUGUUCUCUCGUUCAGUCUGUUUCGCUGCCUGCCCUUUGGAACUCUAGCCUGUCUUAUUGGACACCCCUUUUUGCCUAGCCCCUUGGAUUACGUUCGCCAUUGACCGACCCUCGCCUGUUCUGGAUUACUCUUUUGUCUUGCUCUUACAUACCUGUUUGCCGAUGUCUGACCCUGCCUGUUUUAUGACCAUGUCUC